GAAAAAUGCAAAAUACUCUUCCUGGUUUGUAUAAUAGAUAACAACACCAUUUCUGAAUAUCAACGUAUUGACCCUUAACUGUUGAUCGAUAUACUUUAUCACGUUUACAUGGUUUAGAAGGAAGGUAAUUGUUCAAGAUUACGUUUAAAAAUAAAACGCUUGAAUAAUAGUUUAAUGAAUACAAAAUCAAGCAGCAUCUAGUAUACCAGCAAAUAAUGGCAAAAUAUAUUCGGAAGGUAUUCAGAAAGAAAAAAUCAAAGAAGAAAACUGAAGACACACCAGUCGCUGUAGAUAUAUCAGACGACUACGAACAAUUACACUUGUACGAAGCAGAAGAAGAAAGUCUAUAUGAACAUGUAGAGUUUAGCCAAAAUGGAGAGUCUGUAAAACCCGAAGAGGAUCAACCACUUGAAUCCUCCGUUGGAUCAAAUUUUUUGCUUGUUGCAGCAAUAGACUUGGGAACAGCUGCAUCUGGAUAUGCAUUCUCUUUUCGAAACGAUUUUAAAGCCAACCCAUUACAAAUAUCAACUCACAUAUGGACUGCUGCAACUACAGUUCUAAGAUCGGCAAAGACUCCAACAUGUAUACUAUUUAACCCAGAAGGCCGCUUUGAAGCUUUUGGAUAUGAAGCUCAGAACAAGUUCUCUUCUUUGAUUACAGACGAGGAAAAUGUUGAGGAUUGGUAUUAUUUUGAGAACUUUAAGAUGUCGCUUUAUGAAUGCAAGGAUUUAACAUUACGUACCGAAAUAAAAGCCACAAAUUGCAAACCACUACCAGCUAUCACCGUAUUUUCCGAGUCUAUAAAAUACCUUAAGAAUCAUCUAAUGAAUAGAUGUUUGAACAUGACCUUUGGUCUAAAAGAUGAAGAUAUUUUGUGGACGUUGACUGUACCUGCUAUAUGGAACGACAAGGCUAAAUUAUUCAUGAGAAGGGCUGCAGAAAUGGCAGGCAUUCCUAGAUCACAACUUCUUCUAGCUUUGGAACCUGAAGCUGGUGCUAUUUUUUGUAAACACAUACCUGUAGAAGUUAGAAGAUUCGAUGACAAGGAUGUAGUGGAAGGUUUUCGAACAGGUUCUCGAUACAUGGUCAUAGAUGCUGGAGGGGGCACAGUCGACAUAACAAUUCAUGAAGUAGUCGAUGAACAAAAUAUUCAAGAAAUAUAUGCUGCGAAUGGCGGACCAUGGGGUGGAAAUAACAUCAACAAAGCAUUUAUCGAUUUCCUAAAAGAACUAUUUGGUGCGACGACUUUUGAGGAGUUCCAGCGCAAAUGUGCUGAUGACUGCAUUGAUAUUAUUAGAGAAUUCGAAACAAAAAAGCAGACCAUGAAAAUGGACGAUUCUACUGCAGUUGUUAGAGUUCCUAUUGGUCUUACCGAGAUCUUUAAGAUGCACAAUAAGGACAAAUAUAGCAAUGUCUCUUCGCGUAUUCAGUCAUUAGCAAAAUAUGAAAAUCAAGUGGAAAUAAAAAAAGAUAAAAUGAUUUUAAAAGGAGAUCUAUUCUUUAAAUUCUUUAUUCCAACCGUUGAUAAAAUAGUUCGUCACGUUGAUGGUCUUUUAAAAGUAAAUGAAAACAUAGACUCUAUACUAUUGAUUGGUGGUUUUGCAGAUUCUGUUUAUUUACAGAAUAGAAUCAAAACCCAUUUUAAAUCAAAACGUAUUAUAAUUCCAGAUGAUGCCUCACUAAGUGUGCUUAAAGGGGCUGUUAUAUUUGGACAUGACAGCAGAAUUGUCUCAAGUCGAGUAUUAAAAUGUUCUUAUGGUAUCGAGUGUUCCAAUGAUUUCAUUGAAGGAGUUCACGAUAAAUCGAAGAUUUACACUAAUCAAUUAGGUAUUGUAAAGUGUCGCAAUGUCUUCGGUAUCAUAGCUAAAAUGGGCCAAUCAAUAGGACGAAGCUGUGCAUCUAAAGAGCGAUAUCUCCUUGUGGACGAACCACACAUCGAAAGAGCCGAAAUUGCAAUAUAUGAGUCAACUAUAGAUGAGAAUCCGAGAUAUAUAACGGAUGAAGGGUGUAGGAAAAUUGGAUAUUUUGUUACUCGGUUAAAAGGGGACAAGGAUAGUCUUCGGCGAAAACUUUACUUUAGUCUAAAAUUUGGAGAAACCGAAGUUAAAGUUUUGUGUCGACAAGAUGGUUCUAUGGAAACUAGCGAAAAGCUGUUGGACCUGCUAGGGGAAGAUUAACUCACAGUUUAAUAAUAAUAAUGAUAAUACUAAUGAAAUUUUCUUUGAUUCACCUUUUCAUAUUAUGUUUGAGGAUGUUCUUUAUCCCAAUCAUUUAUGGAAAGGACACUUUUGUAUUCCUAAUGUUAGUUUGUUCUAUGGCUAAAUUCAUGAUAUUUGUAAAUGAAAAUAACUUUAUAAUUUUUUGCGCCCGCGUCAACUUUUUGAAUUUACCUUCAUCUAGAACACUAAAAGCCAACAGUUUGAUAUCCAAGGACGUUUUAUAUACCAGCUUUGAUAAGUGUGUGGUAUUACUAUAAAUUUUCACUUCUUUGUACUAUGAACAUCAAAAUUAUUUAUUUUGUAAAAAUAUUCCCUUUCUCCAUUUGAACUGUAUACGUAUACCUAACAACAAAAUUAAUUUCAUUUACCUGUGUUUAAAGUAAUUGCAAAUGGCUGCUGUUUUUGUUCAAGCAUAUUGUUUUUCUUAAAUUGUUUAACAUUUCACAGCGGUAUAACAUGUUACUUUAAUUAUUCUUCUCUUAGUUUAUUCAUUUUAUAUCUACAUUGUAUCAUAGAUCAAAUUUAUUUGUUCAGUGUAUAUUCACUAGUGUUAAUAUGUCUUUUGAUUGAGUUAAGCCAUUUCAAUUGAUAUUUUAUAGUGUGUCAUUCUAUGUUGUGAUGGUACACUAUUGUUUCAGAUAAGGGUGAAGGUUUGGUACCAUUAAAACGUCUAAACACGCUGCAAUUGUUUGCACCUGUCCUAAUUCAGGAAUCUGAUGUUCAGUAGUUGUCGUUUAUUGAUGUGGUUCAUAAGUGUUUCUCGUUUUUUAUAUAGAUUAGACCGUUGAUUUUCCCGUUUGAAUGGUUUUACACUAGUAAUUUUUGGGGUCCUUUUAUAGCUUGCUGUUCGGUUUGAGCCAAGGUUCCGUGUUGAAGACCGUACUUUGACCUAUAAUGGUUUACUUUUAUAAAUUUUGACUUGGAUGGAGAGUUGUCUCAUUGGCACUCAAACCACAUCUUCUUAUAUCUAUUAGGUUUAGAUUUUAAUGCAAGCAUUUAAUAUCGGAAAACUUUAUUUACAGCUGAGCUCUGUUUCAGGAAAAGUUGCUAAACAUCAUGUGACAAGAUUGUGAACACGAAAUCGCUUUCAUUCUAAAUGGGUUUUAUAUUAAAAAAAGGAAGACAGAAAGGAAUGUUUUGUUCAAUAAACUCAUCAUAGAUACCAGACUUAGAAGUUUUACGACAGACGCGUGUUUCGUCUACAAAAGACUCAUCAGGGAAGCUCAAAUAAAACAAAAGUUAAAAAGGCCAAACAAAGAACGAAGUUGAAGAGCACUGGGGAUCCAAAUUCCGAAAGGUUUUGUCAAAUACAGCUAAGGUAAUAUAUAUAUUUCUGGGGAAGAACAUCCUUAUCAUUUCGAAAAGUUCAAAGUUUUGUUAACCGUUAAUUUAUAUAUGACGAUUUGUGCUCUUUCAAUCUACAUAAGAAAACCAACUCUAUGUUUAAAUGUAAUAACCUGAAACGUAUUUACAAAUCCCCUUUUCAUCAUACCCUCCGUCAUUUUACAUAAGUGGAACCACAUUUUUAGAAAGAGAUAUAAAUGCAAUACGGUAACGAAUAAAAUGAAAUACAACUAAAAUCUAUGAUCGAUUUUAAUCAACUAACAGUGUGAAAACCUAAUGUUUUAUUUUACAUACAACAGAAACAUUGUUUAAGAACAGUUUGUGAAUUAAAAAGUAUGGUAUUAAUGCCAGAUCGCUGAUUUGUUUGUAUACACGCAUUUAGCUGUUAAGUAGAACGCGGGACAUUUUCGAGCCUGACAUAUUUUAUAGACCUUGAUUAUAAAUGUCUUUAGGUAUUUUGUAUUUUGGGUUGUUUUCUCAUUGGCACACAAUCCACAUCUGAUUUUAUUAAUAUUUAUUAAUAAUAUAUUUGGCGUAAAACAUUUUUCAUGGAGGAAAUUUUUCAAUUUAUUUUAUUGAAAGCAGCAAUAUAAUAUAUAAUAUAUAAUAUUGCUUAAAAUUUGCAUUGAGACAAAAUAAUACCAUUUGAAAAAAAACAUUAGUUGGUGAAUUAGCGUUAACAAAAAGAGCAUUUAAGACACCGGUUUUUAUAAAUCUAUUCCAAGUGUAUUUAGUACAACGUUUUAAGUGAAGAAAAAUCACAAUUUCUAAAACUGAUGCAGCAGAUGGACAAAACCUGUUCGUGAAUCGUUCCAAAGUUUAUUUCUUUAAAUGAAACUAUUCGUUUAAAUCUUUAGCAAUUUCAAUUCAUUCGAAGUAUUUUCAAGAUGUAUAUAUGAAACGGGGAAUUUCAAUUACUCAUUAAACAUACCAGGCUUGACAUUUUGUACGCCAGAGGCGGAACGCGCAUUUCGUUUACGUAAGCUAGACUCAUCAGUGGCGCUGCAAUCAAUUACGAAAUUGAAAAGCACUUCCAAAAUGUUUGUACAAAUAACGGCUUGGCCAAUCUAUGGUUAAGGGGAAGAAAAAAACUUAAGUACUUCAAAUAAAUCAAUAUUUUAUUAACAUUGAUUGUAAAAAAAAAAGAAUAUUUCAAUGAUAAUUCAUGUCAACACAUACACAUUAAGAUAGGAUUUAAAUGUUAAAUGACAAUAUCAUCAAUGUAAGAGAAAUCAAUUAUUUUAGUUUUUUGUAACUGUAAACGAAUAACAAAUAAUGUAUCUGUGAAACACAUUUAAGAUAAUUUGUACAUUAGUUGAUAAUAAGAAUGAGUUUUAGCCACCUGAAUACCUCGUAAUUGAUAUGGAUUCACAUACCGGAAUGUAUAUCUUAAACAUCAAAUAUUUGUUCUUUUAUAAUUAUCAAUGUAUAAACAAAUAAGAACUCAGGUCAAUGAAAAAUAGGGUUAAGUAGUUUUUGGAACUCAGAACAAUGACAAAUAAAAUAUUAUGGAUUUGAACUCAUGUCAAUGACCAAUAAAAUAUUAUGGAUUUGAACUCAUGUCAAUGACAAAUAAAAUAUGAAGGACUUGAACUCAUGUCAAUUACAAAUAAAAUAUUAUGGAUUUGAACUCGUGUCAAUGACAAAUAGAAUAUUAAAGAUCUGAUCUCAUGUUAAUGACAAAUAAAAUAUGAUGAAUUUGAACUUAUGCCAAUGAAAAUUGAAUAUUAAGGAUUUGAACUCAUGUCAAUGACAAAUGAAAUAUGAUGAAUUCGAAAUCAUGUCAUGACAAAUAACAUAUUAUGGACUUGAACUCAUGUCAAUGACAAAUGAAAUAUGAUGGAAAUGAACUCAUGUCAAUGACAAACAACAUAUCAUGGAUUUAAACUUAUGUGAGUGACAAAUAAAAUAUUAUGAACGUGAUACUUUAAUGAAGCAUAUUUUGACAUUGCUCAAGGUCAUGCUUUUCACAAUAUUUACGAAAUCUUGACAAAAAUCCGUUAGAUGAUAUAUUAACCUUAGAACACAUGAUAUACUUAUUAGUUUUUAUAUACUUUAUACUAACAUUCUGUAAUUGCAAGUUAUCUUAGGUUGGUGCUUUAUUAUGCUAGUUGUUUUUGUGUACUUCGUAACCGUACUGAGUUAUACCUUUCCAAUUGAUUUUGAUAGUUUGUUCUUAUGAUGUGCUGUUACACCACCGUCCCAGAUUAGGGGAGGGUUGAACGAUCCUAAAUAUAUCUAAGCCCACCACAUUCUUUAUUCACCAAAUCUCCCUUUCUAUCGGAGUUUUUUUCAAGAAAUAAAUUUUUUAGCAUACUUUUGCUCAUUUUGACAUGGUUAGGUUUUAUAUUCGUUAUUGACAUAAAACCAAGCGUUAGCACGAAAAACAACAGAUCUAGAAGUGUACAGACAUACAAAGACUUAUUUUAUGAAUGAUUUCACUUCAUUUCUUUUUUCACCAAAACUAAAAGAAAUGUUCUUUUUGAAUCUCAGCGUAGUUCAAAUAACAACUGACGUUGCAUCUUUAAUUGAGAAGUCAUACAUGUUUAAUUGGAAUCAAAACAUCAUGGCUUUGUUUACCAAGCCAAAGAAGAGCAUCAUAUUAAAAUCAAGUAUAGUUCCGUGGUUUAGCUGUCAAUUCAUUUUACCUAGUUUCCCUUAGUAAAUUUCAUAAAUACUAGAACACACCCGCGGGUCCGUGACUGAGUUAAAGUACCUAUGCCUUAUUGUUAGCCUGGAUUUUUUGUAUUCGUAUUGUCAUCUGAUAAAGUCAUGCUGAUUGGAAGUUGCACAGUUUUCCCUGCUUUCAAAAUCUUUCUGUUUGAACACGUCCUUGUUUUCUUACUACAAUAAACUUACUACACACUUUGGUCGGGUUGUUGUCUCUUUGACACAUUCCCCGUUUCCAUUCCAUUGUCAAUUCUAUAAACAAAAUUAUUUUUUUAACUAAUCAACCAAACUAAUAGUGGUAUUGAGGUGGAAGAAAACAGACUUAAAUACUGUAUUAUAGUGUAACAUAGAUAUAAAAUAACUACUGGAAGAAUUCCAGGUUCCCCUAAUAGAGGAGUAAUUUACAGGAGGUAACAGGAAACUACAUGUCUCAUAUACUAUUGGUAUCGGUAUCAGAUUCGACCCGGAACUUGUUAUUUAUUGGUAAUAUUAAUUGUGUGGAAAACUAAAGGGCCUGGAAUGGUGUAUUUUUUGAACAACAUCAUUGUCCUAUAAUAGUUAUAUUUAAAGUUGAAUUCUUUUAUUCGUCGUUUUUACGUCAUGCCAGCAAACUAAUUGGACCUCGUUAUUAUAGUAGUAUAGAUUAUGCAGAGUUGUAUUGGUGGUACAUAUAGUUUUAUUUUAGGACCAUUGUUGUUUUUAUUAAAUAUUUGAACAUUAUCUAUUAAACUAUAGCUUUGUAUACAUAUUCAUACUGUACUAGACCUUGUAUAUUUAUGUUGUCGAAGCUGUUGCUGGUAAACGGUUUGCUGAAAUUGUGUGUUUUUUUUAACAAAAAAUUAACUGUAUUUAAUAAGAAAUAAAAUGCUUUAGCUUAUAACGCGAUAUUGUUGUAUUGUUUACAGGCUUAUAUUAAAGUUUACCUGUGUA